ACUUCUCUCUCCCGAUUCUUCUCUUCAUCUCCUCCACUGUUCAAUAUCUACUCUUCCUUUUCCUUUGUUCCUAUUAAUCGCAGGAAGAAAUACAAAGCAAGCGGUGAAUUGUUUUGGCAGAGAGUAUUUGGCGAAGAGCAUAAGGGCCGGCCAUGUCAACCAUAACUCAGCGGGGAAGCAGCUCAAAGUCCAAAGAAGAGCGCGAGAUGCAGGCUGGCACUCUGCCAAAGGGCGAGUACGAGGUUUUCUUGAGCUUCAGAGACCCAGAUGUUCGACAGACGUUUGCAGAUUGUCUAUACAGCUGGCUGGUUCGUUCAGGGAUCCGAACCUUUCGUGACGAAGAAGAGCUCCACAAGGGGGAGAUGAUUGCCCCUUCCCUCGCUAAAGCUAUCACCGAAUCCAAGAUCCACAUCCCCAUCUUGACAAAGGACUAUGCUUCCAGUAAAUGGUGCCUUCAGGAGCUGGCUAAAAUGGUGGAGUGUCGGAAGCUAGGUAAAGGGUACAUGAUCCUCCCAAUUUUCUACUUUCUGGACCCCAGGGAUGUGAGGCAUCCGCUGCAGAACGGUGCAUACAGGGAAGCUUUUGAACAGCACAAUCUGAAACAUGACCCAGAAACCGUAAGGCGGUGGGAAGAAGCUCUCCAGGAGGUCGGCAAGAUGAAAGGAUGGCAUGUAACUCGUUCAGACGGGCAGGGAGCUGUAAUCGAUCGAGUCGUCUCUGAAGUUGAAUUGCAUUUGAGGAGUCAUUACACAUUAGUAACUGAUGUGUUGGUAGGAAUUGAUUCUCACGUAGGGAGAGUGACGGAAUUGUUGAAUAUAGGUGGCUUAGGUGGGAAAAUUGUUGGCAUCCAUGGUAUGGGAGGCAUUGGGAAAACCACCAUAGCUAAGGCCGUCUAUAACAAGGUCUGCACUAAUUUUGAUCGCUGUUGCUUUCUGGAGAACGUACGAGGAACGUUGUCAAAAGAUGGAGGGGUUGUAUCUCUACAAAAUAUGGUCAUCAGCGGCAUCCUAAGGAGUGCUCGUCAAGUCACAAAUGCCAGCGAGGGAAUCCAUGUCAUAAGAGAGAGAGUUUCUAAGUACAAGGUGCUCAUUGUUCUUGACGACCUAGAUGAAAACUUUGAGCUUGACCAAGUUUUGGGGAAUUUAGGCAGUUUUCCUAUAGAGAGUAGGUUCAUUAUUACGACAAGAGAUCUUAGAGUUUUGGACUUGUUUGAAGAGUACAGCAUAUAUGAACCUGGAGAGAUGAGUUCUGAUCAUUCCCUUCAACUUUUCAACAGACAUGCCUUCGGGAUAGAUCAUGAGCCUGCAGAAGAGCAAGCACCUCUAUCCAAGGAAUUUGUGAAACUUGCAGCAGGGCUCCCUUUAGCUAUUAAGGUCAUUGGGUCUCUUUUGUAUCGUAGAGAUGAAGUGUUUUGGAAAGCCAAGUUGAUAGAACUAGUAGAAGUAGGUCCAACCAAGGUGCAUGAGAUAUUAAAAAUAAGUUAUAAUGAGUUGACCCACCAUGAGAAACAAAUAUUUCUUGAUAUUGCUUGUUAUUUUGUUGGCGAGGAUAAAGAAUUGCCCAUCUACAUGUGGGGUGGUUGCAAAUUCCAUCCAGAAACUGCAAUCAGUACUCUGAUCUUUAGAGCCUUGUUGAAAGUUGAUGAGAAAAACAGGUUCUGUAUGCAUGAUCAUAUUAGAGAUCUUGGUAGAGCCAUUGUGAAUGAAGAGGAUGUUGAACGUCCAGGCAAUCGUAGUAGACCAAUACUAUGCAGCGAAGACGCGUUGAGUAUGCUAAAAAAUGGAGAGAUAACGGAUCGGAUAGAAAUUCUUAGAAUUGACAUGACGGGUAAAGAUCAUUAUGAGCUGACGAACAAAGAAGUCGAGAAAUUAUCCAGGUUAAGAUAUCUUGAGGUAAGAGGUGGACGAUUGGUUGGAGAUUUCAGUGGAAGUCUUCCAAAUAUGCACUGGCUUCGACUGCAUAUGUGUCGUUCAGUCCCGACUAAUCUCAACCUGAAGGAACUGAUAAUCCUUGAUCUGUAUAAUUGUAGUAGUUUAGCAGAUGAUUGGAGAGUGUGGGACAAGAUUAAGCUGGCUCACAGGCUGAAAGCUGUAUGUGUAUCAUCGUGCUACGGAAUGAAAAGAGCUCCUGACCUAUCCCCAUGUGCAAGUAUGGAGCUGAUAAAGCUUUCCUUUUGUCCUUCAAUGGGUGGAGAACUGCACAUUGGCAACAUGAAGAAUCUAAAAUUGCUGGAGAUAAACUCUACCAGAAUAACAGGCUUAACAGGCGACAUUGUAACGCUUCAAAGUUUGCGAGAGCUAUAUUUAAACAGCUAUGGUUUAAGACAAGUCCCCACCGGAAUGGUCAAAUUGACGUCUCUGGAAAAGCUGCAACUGUCCUUAGCAAGUGUGACGGAAUCACCACCACUACUCCCGACAAGCUUAAAGGCGUUAUGCCUUUCAUCAUGCCCUAGUAAGCUUCCCAAUCUUUUGGAGCUCAAGGACCUAGAGCACCUAAGCUUGAGAGCUUUUUCCCGCGAAAUCAUUCCUGGAGAGAUAUGUAAGCUAUCCAAGUUGAAGACUUUGAGCCUUUCCAACUCUGAGGCAGAGCCUUUUGGUUCUGUUGUUGUGCUCCCUUCGUCACUAAACUCGCUUCGUGUUGGUUUCUGUGGGUCGCUGGAGAGGCUGCCGAAUCUUGGCAAUCUGAACAAUCUGAUGGAGCUGAGUCUUCUGGAUGUUGGGGUUUAUGAGAUUAGAGGACUUGGAGAGCUCAGAAUGUUGGAAACUAUGAGUAUACGAAAGGCCCCGAAUCUGAGUAAUCUUGAUGGCCUUCAAAGCCUGCUGCUUCUCAAGAAACUGAAAAUCUAUGGAUGUCCUGCACUAGAGAAACUACCCAGUGUUGCGAAUCUGUCCAAUUUACACAGAUUAUAUAUCCGUAGCUGUCAGCUCAUCUCCGAAAUACAAAGCCUGGCUCCACUUCGACAGAAUUUAACAUCUCUGGAAAUAGACGGUUGUCCAAGAUUAGAUAUCUGUGAUUCCAUUCAGUCUCUGGAAUCACUUCGAAGACUGAACUUGACAUGCUGUCGUUGGUCAGUAGAGACACUAUUACCUCACUUGUCCAAGUUGCGCAAACUGAGCAGCUUAACCAUCGGGGAAGGCACACAGGUACGAGUUCUAGACCUCUCUUGUCUUGAUGUUCAUUCUAAUUUGAAACAGAUCAUGGUUUACAAGUUCACAGAGAUGACCGAGGUUCGGGGACUCGAGGGUUUAGCCUCGUCUUUAGAAUCGCUAGGUUUGUCAUGCUGCAAUUCAAUUCAGAAGCUCCCUGAUGUAUCUGGAUUGAAGAAAUUGGCGGACCUGAGAGUUCACAGAUGCCCACGGCUGACCCAACUUGAUGGGGUCGAGAUGCUGGAAUCGUUGCAAAGGUUGGUUGUAUCAGAUUGCAAUUCGGUUAGUACUCUGCCAGAUCUAUCAAGGCUCAAGAAGCUGAGCUUCUUGAACAUUAGUGAAUGCACCAAUUUGGUUGACGUACCAGGGCUCGAGAGGCUGGAGUCGUUGCAAGAGCUAACGAUGACAUGCUGCACAUCGAUAAAGAAGUUGCCGGAUCUAUCAAAUCUCAAGAAGCUGAAAUUGGGGUGUACAAACUUCCCAGGGGUUACAGGAUUCGAGGGACGAGAGUGGUCAUCAGAGCUGACAUCGGCACUUCUAGAGCAUGAAACUCGGCGCCGAGAAUCAGAGAGAAAAGGAGAAGCAAAGAAAAGGAAAUGGCUGGCUAGACACUGGAAACUACUAAUACGGUACAUUCGGAAGGGGGCUCUAACGAAGUAACUUCGACGUGAAGGUUCACUUUUAGUCGUACUGAAGUCGAGAACUGGCUUGUGUUCAGAUCAACAGCUUCACCAACUUGCUCCAUGUAACUAAAUUCGUCGCAAACAGAAAUGUAACGAAAUGGUCAUUUCAUAAGUUAGGGCAAAACAUGAGUUAAUGAUGUUAUGUUAAAUACCUGACACAAGCAACUGUUAGUGACCUCUAAACAUAUGUGAACCACUUAUGCAUUUCUACACUACUACAUGG